AUGCUGCGUCAAACGCUCGCCUCCCUGCUAGCCGCGACAAUCCUGCCCCUGGCAACGUGCCAGUUCACCAGCCCGGCGGCGGGAGCAGUCCUAUCAGCCGGCGACAAGGUCAACGUCUCGUACACGACAGACCUGAAGAACUACACCAUCGCGCUGUGGCAGCGCGCCGAGGGGGGAGGCCGCCCGACACUCGGGUCCGUUGUCUACGCUGCCGCCCACGGCCCCUCCAACUUCACCUGGACGGUGCAGACGUACGCCCUGGACCUCGCGGCCUCGCCGACCUUUUUCUUCUGGCUCUUCGAGGGCGGCCCGUCGCGCCAGGGCAGCGAUCCGCACCAGCUGUCCUCGGGCUACUUCAACGUCACUGACAAGAGCGCGUCGUCGCCCGUGUCCGUCUCGGCGGCGGAGUCGGCGUUGACGACUGCGGCGGCCGCUGCACCGGCAGAGUCUGCACCCCGGGAUCCAUUGUCCGUGGGUGCGCGGGCUGGACUCGGCGCCGCCGUGAGCGUCUUCUGCCUGGCCGUCGCGGCGCUGGUGUUCCUGUUCUUCUGGCGGCGGGCGAAGAGGCGGGCCCGGAAGGACGGCGGCGGCGGAAGCGGCGGCGCGGCCACCGACUACACGGAGAGUGUGGCCGAGCUGCAGUCGGAGUGUGUCUCGGCGGGGGGGCUGGGGAAGCUGCCUUGUCGGGUUUACCGGCCUGUUCCGGGGGAUGCGAGUGGUCGCCCUCCUGCGCUGGCGGAAUUGCCGGCGUGA